CCCAGCUUAAUUUAUUUAUUUUUGUGUUGUAGAAAAAUUGGGCUCAAGUAGUUUUACGUUGGCCCAUAGGCCCAAAAGAGUUAAUACAGUCGUCGUGUGUUAAGCAGCCGCUGUGUCAUCGUGGAACACCCAUUUUCUCUCGUUUCUCUAUUUCUUCUUCGUCCUCGAUCGUCUCCGUCGCCGAUCUCGUCACUCCAUUCCCCGCGAGUUGAUUUGGUACAAAGCGUUAAUCAAAAAUGGUUGGAGGAGGAGUUUUCCAGCAGAUUCUCAGGAGGAAGCUUCACUCCCCAUCACUCGCAACUCCUGUCCGGUCGUGGCUUUCUUCGAAGACUGCUCAUGUGGAAGCUGGUUCUUCUGGUGUAAGAGCAUUUGCCCUCUUGGGUGCUGGUGUUACAGGACUGUUGAGUUUUUCGACAGUAGCGUCUGCUGAUGAGGCAGAACACGGGUUGGCUUGUCCAGACUACCCUUGGCCUCAUGAUGGCAUUCUCAGCUCAUACGACCAUGCUUCGAUCCGUCGUGGGCAUCAAGUUUAUCAGCAAGUCUGCGCAUCUUGCCAUUCAAUGUCUCUGAUCUCAUACCGAGAUUUGGUUGGUGUAGCUUACACUGAGGAAGAGGCCAAGGCAAUGGCAGCUGAAAUUGAGGUGGUUGAUGGACCUAAUGAUGAGGGUGAGAUGUUCACCCGUCCUGGUAAACUCAGUGACCGCUUGCCUCAACCAUAUGCCAAUGAGUCAGCUGCAAGGUUUGCUAACGGUGGAGCGUAUCCUCCUGAUCUUAGUCUUAUCACUAAGGCACGUCACAACGGUCAAAACUACGUCUUUGCUCUCCUGACGGGUUACCGUGAUCCUCCUGCUGGCAUUUCAAUUAGAGAGGGGUUACACUACAAUCCUUACUUCCCAGGGGGAGCAAUUGCUAUGCCGAAAAUGCUCAAUGAUGAAGCUGUUGAGUAUGAAGAUGGUGUCCCCGCCACAGAGGCACAGAUGGGUAAGGAUGUUGUCUCAUUCUUGUCCUGGGCAGCUGAGCCAGAAAUGGAAGAGAGGAAGUUGAUGGGUUUCAAAUGGAUAUUCCUACUAUCUCUCGCUCUGCUCCAAGCAGCGUACUACAGGCGACUGAAAUGGUCGGUUCUCAAGUCCCGCAAGCUGGUUCUCGACGUGGUGAACUAAAAAGCACUUCGUAGUAAAAGCUUUUGCAGUUGGCUACAGUCCUCUUUUCAACAAAAGUCUCCAUUUUAUGUCAUAAAAAUCUUUGAUGGGACCAAAUCUCAUCUUUCUUAUUUUUUACUUCUAUCUCUAGGGAGUUUUGUUUUAUGAGGAUAAUAACGACAAAAAUACUUCUGCCUCGUAAAUCAAACAUGAUUUUGUGGUUUAUACAUUUUGUUUCUUGUCCAUACCGGUACGGUUCACGUUUCCGGUUUGUUUAAAUAAAGAAUAUUUUUGUACUUGGUUUCCUGGUUUACUUUCGGUGUUCUUCCU